UUAUAAAUAUAUAGUACAUAACAAACACAAUUUCGAUCAGUUGCUUUAAUUCUUUUCAACAAACAAGUGCUUCGUUUGUAGGCUAUAAAAAUAAUAUUGAUAAGAUGUCUUAUAGAGUGGAACAAGUAACCGACUCUUAUGCAUUUCUCGGCGAAGGACCCCACUGGGAUGCUGAAACACAAAACCUCUACUUUGUCGAUAUUCCCAAAUCUACAUUGCUACGCUAUGAUUAUAAAGAGGAUAAAACCUACAGAGCUACGGUAGAGAACGAGAAACAAACUUCCUUCAUUAUACCAGUCGAAGGCGAGGUUGGCAAAUUUGCUGUAGGUUGUGGAAGUCGUGUGGCUAUCGUAGCUUGGGAUGGUGUGGCGCCAAUUGCAAAAGUUGAACGUACUGCCUAUACACUGCAACAAGGCGACGAAGUUUGUAAACAUAAGUUUAAUGACGGCAAGGCCGAUUUACGUGGUCGCCUCUUUACUGGUACCAUCUACGGUGAAUUUACAGAGUCUAAUCCACUUGCUGAAUUAUAUAGAUUUGAAAAGGGGCAGCCAAUGGCAGUUAUAAGGAAGGGAGUAACUCUUUCUAACGGGUUGGCAUGGAACGAGAAAACUAACAAAUUCUAUUAUAUCGACUCAAAAGAUUGUGAAGUUACCGAAUAUGAUUAUGAUUUGGAAACGGGCGCGAUCAGUAACCCUAAAGUAGUCUUCAAGCACGCCGAACAUCUGCCCGAUGGCAUGACUAUUGAUACGGAGGGAAAUAUUUAUGUUGCCACGUUUACAGGUCAUACGGUCUAUAAAGUUAAUCCCAGCACUCAAGAAAUUUUGCUGGCAAUUAAAUUGCCCACCAAGCAGAUAACUUCUGUGGCUUUUGGUGGACCAGAUUUGGAUAUUUUAUAUGUAACUAGCUCGUCGUAUAACGAUGAACCUGCUCCAGCUGGUUUCACAUUUAAAGUUACUGGUUUGGGUGCUAAAGGAUUACCAAUGAGGAAAGUGAGAGUCUAAAACACAAAUUCAAUAUAUGGGAGAAUGAUACCAAAUCAAUAAUAUUUGUCGCAAGAAAUAAAUAAAGAAGCAAAAUAAAUAUACUUUUCUAAUAA